CUCGUCGAAGUUCUCGUACAUCGUCAGAGUGCGCUGCUUGUUGUCGGCGGCGUUGACGAGGACGUCGUCGAAGAUCUUGUGGAGGACUGGGACGUCGGUGACUGUGCGGUGCAUAAUGGUGCCGCGCUCGUCGACCCACAGCGUCAUGCGCUUCUCCACCGAGCCGAUGUAGACGUCCGGGCGCCAAGGACGUGAUCGAGCAGCUUCUUGUCGCCCCAGCCAGCAGCGGAAUCGUGGGCGGAGCUCGACUGCAGCGAGGGCUUCAUUGCGGCGCGACGUGCUUUGACUAGGGUUUCGGCAGGUGGGAUUUAGGGAAAUGGCCCAGAUGGGGGUGGGGCGGGUCAGCCCGUCGGGUCGCCGAACCGGGCCCCUUUUGAAAACCAUCAAACUGCUAUGGAUCGAUGGAUUGGAUUUACUCGGACCUAGGGUCGAGCGGGUCGACCCACCCUACCGCCGCCGCCGCCGUAGGGGGCACAGCUCGCUGGCGCCGUCGCGCGACACCGGCCCCGCAGAGGCAGCUAGCCGCACCGCCGCCGCUCCCCACCUGAGCCGCCCCUUACAAGCAGCGGUGGUGGCCGGGCAGCGCGGCGCGACCGGCUCCCGGUUCCAGGUCGCGCCGGGAGCGCAGGCACCGCUGGGUCCUCCGGUGCCGCCGCCGCCAGCAAAGGCUGCCGCCGAGAGGGGCCUCCCUGAAGUCCUCAAGUUCUCUGUGGCGCAAGACUUUUGGCUGGGAUUUCUGUAGCAGAUCUGGUAGUUCUUACAAUGGGCGUCCAAAGCAGAAGGUCAAGACUGGUGAAGCCGGUAGCAUGUCUCGCUGAGAGGGUUCUGAUUGUUGGACGAUGAUGAAUUAGCAUUCGUUGUGUGUUCUUUUCUGAAUGUUAAAUGCAAUUCUGAUCCUUGGAUUGUAUGAGAUUAUACGGUUUCUUCUGUACAAGUUAGAUCAUAAUUACCAUCUUGUAAGAAAGCUCUUUUGUUCAAAGGUAAAAAUGUUAGCAAAAUAUA